AUGAUCAAAUGUCCAAACAGCUACUGUUUGCCACAACGGUUUUUAUGUGACGGACAUCUGCACUGCCCUGGAGGUGAAGAUGAAGAGUCAUGUGGUUGUUCCCCGUCCAGAAAUGAAAUACUGGUCAUUCAUGACGAGGAAACCUCUGACGGACCUGAUAUAAUGCAGUUCGCUCAACAAUUUUCUACGCCAACUAAUAUUGUUCGUGUACUGAGUUACAAAGCUUCUAAAACUCUUCAAGCUUACAACAUCGAUAACAUAUUACUUGACGUUUUAGAUAAAGAAAUAAACAGGGUUUAUGAUCAUAAAAAAUCGUUUCAAUGCCGGUAUAAAAUAAUGGCAAAUCGUCUUCUUGGUUCAAUACGUUUUACAAACGAUGGAACGAAAGGUUUUAUUUUGAUUCAGACUACUGGUGCGGCAGAAAGUGCUGUCUUCGAAAUGGAAGAGAGUAAAACUGGGUUAGAGACAAACGUAAAAAUAUAUAAAGUGAAGGAGAAUUUCAAUUUUUCCAGUACUUCGCAAUCUUCAAGCCAUGGAGCAAAAGUGUUGGACAUAAAUGUGAGAAGAUGGAAAAACCUGAAUGCAAUUGGUGCCAACUAUUUUAGCGAGUUGUGUAAUAUGAUUGAGAUGCAUGCCUUUGCUGGUUUGGGGAAUGUACAGGAAUUGAAUUUAGCCAAUGCAAAACUGGAAAAGAUUUCUGCGGACACGUUUUCGGGGAUGACCCUCAAAAGCGUAGAUUUAUCAAACAACAAGUUGAGUGAAUUAGAAAGCUUUGCAUUUCGAGACUCUUCUAUAAAAUAUAUUAAUUUUAAUGAGAAUGAUGUCAAAACAUUCCACAAAGAUAUAUUCACAGGACUUAUUGGCUUAAAAAAUCUCGUUACGCCGGAAUUCAAAUUUUGUUGUAUUCGACCGAACUAUGUUAAAGAAGAAAACUGCUUUCCUCAGAAAGACGAGUUUUCAUCCUGUGAUGACCUAAUGAGACAUUCGGUGCUACAGUUUUUGAUAUGGUUAAUCGGAAUCAUGGCGUUUGUCGGAAAUAUUCUGACAAUUUUAUAUAGGCUUAAAUAUGAUACAAAGAGGUUGAAAUUGGGUUUCGGAAUAUUCGUUACAAACUUGGCUGUUGCUGAUUUUCUUAUGUCUGCCUACUUGAUCACUAUAGCGAUUGCUGAUUCUGCUUUUCGGAAAAGGUACAUUUUUAUGGACGACUACUGGAGGCACAGUGUUUGGUGUAACCUUGCAGGGAUACUUUCUACCAUUUCAUCUGAAGCAAGUGUGCUAUUUCUUUGCCUUAUUACAUUGGAUAGACUUUUGGUAAUCAAAUUUCCAUUUGGACGUGCCAAAUUGUCUAAGGAUAGAGCUGUUGCUUGUGCUACCUUCACAUGGAUCUUUUCUGUUACUGCCGCCAUAUUUCCUGUAGCAUAUGAAGGAUACUUCAAGAACGAGUUUUACUCGAGGUCUGGCGUGUGUAUCGCCCUGCCUCUAACAAGAGAUCGUCCGCCUGGCUGGGUAUAUUCAUUGUCGGUCUUCGUUUGCCUGAAUUUCCUUACAUUUUUCUUGGUCGCUGUUGGACAACUAUCAAUUUUCAUUGAAAUUCGCAAAGCUUCUGGUAUUGCAAAAUCUGUCCAGACUGCAAGAACACGUGACCUAAAGGUUGCAAGGAAUCUUCUCUUGGUUGUAGCAACCGAUUUCAUGUGCUGGUUUCCAAUAGGACUUAUGGCGAUAAUUGCACUAUCUGGUUACGUAAUUUCCGGAGAGGUUUACGCGUGGGCAGCAGUAUUUAUACUUCCUGUCAAUUCAGCUCUUAAUCCCAUUUUGUACACUUUGAGUGCAGUUUUUGGAGGCCAAAGUUUCACUCCCAGCAUGGACGAACAAUCGUUCAAGGAAAUGACCAAAGAAAUUGGACGAAGUACAUUGAGAUGUUUUACAGCCAGACAUUAUUUUGCUACAAGGUUAAAUAGAAAAAAAUAUAUGGAGAUAUCUGAUAUAUCUGGCGAUAUUCAAAUUCCAACAAUUUCUAUAUUGUCUAUAUUCAUGAAACUAGCACAAACCUUGGAGGCCUUACAUUCUUGUACCCUUGGAAUAAAGUUACUUGACAAGAAAGAUAUCUUUGUUGGUGUCCGCAGCAACCAGCUUACAGGUUCUGUGAAAAUAAAAGGGGAACCGUUUAUAUCCUAUAAACAAGAGGAAAAAAUGGAGAGGAUCAAUGAUCUAGGCGUUAUGAUAAGAAAAAUGCUUUCAGCAAGAGAAAGAAACAAAAAACAGUUGUUAAAAUGAAUGUCACAGUAAUGAUAUAAACAACAAUUGUUAAAUCAAUAUUCGAACAUAUCUUUUUAUAUCUUAUGACAACUUGUAAACACCUUUGUAGAAUUCUAUUUGAAUCAUUUAAUAUCAUGGAAACAAAGAAGUUUUGAGCAUGUAUCUAUUUAUAAGUUAAAGA